AUGCCAAGACGUCCGCUGUCCACUGAUAGCGGCUGCGAAGGCGGCGACGCGGGCGACUGCGGCUCGUGCGGCUCCGGCGGCUCGGGCGGCUGGUGGGACGACGGCUCGCGCGCCGCACACGCCGCCGCCGCGCGCGCAGAGACCGCGCUGUGCUACCGCUGUGCUGAAUGCGGCAUAGCAGUGGAACAGUACAGCGACGAAGAGCUGGGCCUGUGCGUGAUAGCGCUCGCUACAUUCGUGCAUAGAGAACCCGCCGCCGCCGCUGCUGUUCUGCCCGCGCUGUUACACGCUGUCAGCAGGGUGGUCCAGCUAGGCAACUACUCGUGGCAGGCCGAGACGAACACGCGUCUCCCGGGCAGCGCGGUAUUCGUUGCACACCAGUUCUUGCGCUGUGUGCUUCAUCAGCUGGCGCCUAAUAACGUCUUCCUGCAGAUCUUCCUUCAGAGGACCCCUGAAAAACAACGCCUGAUGUUCUUCAAGAGCAUCGCGCAAGCGUUCGUGGACUUCAACGAGUUGUACCCGUGCGGGCCUUUACAGCUCGUGGUCGAACAUCUGAACUCCAAGAAGACCCUGCCUAUUGACCAAAUAACAAUAAUAGCAGGCAACAUAGCGAUGUACCUCGAAUGUCUCGCGCCCGAAGCGCUAGGGCCGCCCAGCGCGUGCGCACCUUUACUGCAGCAACUCGACGCGCUUCUGCGAAGCACCGCGCUGCAGUUACAGCAGCUGGAUGACGUGCUGCCACUGCUGCGUUGUGCCAUCGCCAUUCUUAAGCUGCCCGCCGCUGCUAUGCACAAGUCGACGAAGCACAUGAUGUCGUGCCCUGCGUGCCCAAACAACAGCACGCAGGAAGAUUUAAUGAAGGCUACUGACAACGCCCUCUCGUGGCGGAGUUUUGGGCUGACACUGUGUAGCACCGCGCUGCAGUUACAGCAAUUAGAUGACGUGCUGCCGCUACUGCGUUGCGCCAUCGCUAUCCUUAAGCUACCCGCCGCAGCUAUGCACAAGAGCAUCCUCGAGCCAAUAUCAAAGAUAAUCAGCUACGGCAUCCAAAACUUCGUGGUCAAGCUUUCCGUCAUCUCGGAAUUGUCUGUGGUCUGCGUGCGCGCCUUCAGCCGCGACAGAGACAAGCUGCUCGUGUGUAGAGUGCUUGUCUAUGAACUGGUUCAGGCGUUGAGGACUAAAACCACUGUGCCUGAUGAUAACCUGUUUAUAUUGAUACAGUACGUGCUGCAAGGACACGGCUGCACCCUCCUUCUACCUCCUCAGUUAAACACAGGCGAUCUAUUAACGGCGGGCCCCAGUGGGGCCGAGGCGCGCGAGCUCGGCGGCGGCGCCGUGGACUGCAUGCGGCCGCACCUCGCCGACAUGCUGGAGCUGCUGCAGGACCCGCACCUGCUCAACAAGAUCAAGCGCGAGCUCGGCGGCGGCGCCGUGGACUGCAUGCGGCCGCACCUCGCCGACAUGCUCGAGCUGCUGCAGGACCCGCACCUGCUCAACAAGAUCAAGCUGUCCCUCGCCGACAUGCUGGAGCUGCUGCAGGACCCGCACCUGCUCAACAAGAUCAAGGGUUCAGUCUCGAAAUCAAUCGUCAACCGCAACCUGAUCUGCUUAAACGAAGACACCUUGGGCUCCAUCGUCAAAGGUGGCAUCGCGCAGUAUGUGGCCAUGGAGUUGGCUUUGGAACACGGGAGAGGGAGGCAAGACCGGCCGGCUCAUAGGCACAUGCCGUGGCUCACCGCUUCGAUUCCCGGGUCCCGCGAACUAUGCGAGUGCGUGGGACGCGCGCGACUAGUGUCGUGGCUAGUGAUGGGCGCGCUGUGCAACGCGCGGGGCUCGCUGCCGCUGCACCAGCCCGUCCCGCAGGACGCGUCGUGCCACAUCACCGACCACAUCCAGUGUCUGUCGUGGCUAGCGAUGGGCGCGCUGUGCAACGCGCGGGGCUCGCUGCCGCUGCACCAGCCCGUCCCGCAGGACGCGUCGUGCCACAUCACCGACCACAUCCAGACGAUAAUGGCAUCAUACGUGGAACAAUCCAAACCGACAGCGCAGCGCAUGAACGCUUUAUUCCACGCGUUCAUCCUCUGCCAACUGUGGACGCUAUACCUUGAAGAGUUGGCCAAUAGCAGCACUCCUAGUAGCGAGCCGCACAAUACUACUGUAUGCAUCUUACUGGAGUUCUGGUGCAAGCUCGUGCCAAGUAUUCUGCAGGUCACCGUCACGUCCAAGCUGCUCGCGGAAACUGUCAAUCUACAUUUCCUGAGCAUCUUGGAGUCUCUACUGGAGUGCAACUCGACGGUCUUGAACAAACUACUACCGCUGUGGACGCCUAUACUGCACUCUCCUUUAUUCAAUAUGCCACGCCACGUCGCCCAGCGUCUAGACGUUUGCCGCGAAGUAAAACCUGAAGCGGUGCGGACUUACAGCUCUGUUGCAUCCUCUACCACCGUCGCCUGCAGCGGCGGCGUCACCAGCGGGCCGGCGGCGCGCGCGCAUAGGAGACUGCACCGAUUGUUAGCCAAGAUGGCGCAGUUAGAAUUACAGCCACAUACCUUCUACUUGAUAUAAAUAUGAAGAUAAAGAUACAUAAAGAUUUGUGACUAUGACGGCGAGUGUCACGCGACGUAAUGCUACCAAUACUUCACGUGACAUAUGACAGAUGUCAUGACACGCGACUACGUAGGCCACUAUUAUAGAUUAACUA